AUGGUGACUGAAGCAGUUGUGAAGGCAGAGGGUGUGACAGAAACGAGUUUGGUGAGCGCGGAUGGAGCUGUAGCAGCUGCUGCGGGAGAGACGGUGGUAGAUGUUGUGAUGGGAGAAGGAACAGGCGCUGCUGAUGCUGCUGCUGCUGCUGCUGCUGCUGAAACCGCAGGAGCAGCAGCAGCAGAAGCGGCUGCAGUGGCAGUGACAGGAGACGAGGGUGGUGUUGCUGCUGCUACUGCAACAGGUACAAAGGAGGGAGAGACGAGAGAGAAGCAAGGAGGAGCAGUGAAGGUGGAAGAAAUGGAGGAGGAUGUGGUAGAGGUGAAGGUUGGAGAGGUGAGGAGAGAAGAGGUAAAGAACGAGGUUGCAGUUGAAGGGGCAGAGCCUGCAGCAAAGGCGGAUUCAGACGUGGUUGAAGUGCCAAGUUCCGCGCCGCUGGCAGAGGCCGCAGAGGGAGAGACAGGAGGUGGUAACGAAGAGGCUAAUAAGGAGGACAAAGGUGGGGUGGGUAGAGGAGUAGUAGCACAGGGAGGAGAGGCAGCAGGGGGGGAUGUGGAGAUGAAAGAUGCAGUGGUGGGUACAGAGGGGGGUGGUGUGGGAGGAGUGAUUGGGGCGCAGGAGAGGGAGAUGGAUGAUGAUGUGGUGGAGGUUGCACCAGGAGGGACGGAGGGAGGGAUGGUGGGAGGGACUGCUGAUGUGCGCGCCCAAGCGGACUCCCUCGCAGCCACAAUCGAAGAAGAGCUAUACCGGCUCUUCCGAGGAGUCACAAAAAAGUACCGCGACAGGGCUCGAUCCCUGCUCUUCAACCUGAAAGACCCGAGCAACCCAGAGCUACGUGCUAGGGUGAUCUCGGGGGACCUCUCCCCUAAAGAGCUCUGCCAGAUGACUGCAGAGCAGCUGGCUUCGAGAGAGCUGUCGCAGUGGCGAGAGGCGAAGUAUCAGGAGCAUGCGGAGCAGACGGUGCUGACAGAAGAGGAUUCUGAUGCGCUGCUGCGUGUGGUGAAGAAGACACAUAAGGGCGAGGUGGAGGUUGAGUUGCCCUCGCUGGCGGAGGAGGUUUCCGCGCCUGUGGUGGCUGAUGUGGGGUUGAAUGCGGGGAAGCGAGGGGGGAAGGGCGAGGAGGAGGGGAGGGGGAGGGGUGGGAGUGGGGACGGGAAAUCGGAGGGGGAUGGAGGCGGGGCGGGUGGUGGAAAGAAGGAGAGAGGGGACGGGGGGGUUGGUGUGAAGAGGGAGAGGGAGGCGGAUGGGGAAGGGAAGGGGAGUGGGGAGAUUUUGAGCUGGGAGAAAUGGAGUGCGAUGAGGGCUGGUGGGGGAGGGGAUGGGGAGGAGGAGGGCGAGAGGGGGGUGGAGGGUGAGGAGGAGGAGCGGGGAGGGGGGAAACGGCAGGCUGUUGAAGGUCUACGGCGCAGGAGUUACAGUGGUGUGGGUGGGGGUUCAGGUGGAUUGGAAGAGGAAGGGAUUGGAGAGUUGAUUGCACGAGUCACAGGCAGAGACAGGUCAGGGUCAGGGGAGGGAAGGGAGGGGCGGGAAGGGAGAGAAGGGACGGAGGGGAGAGAGAGAGGCGGAAAGGCAAGAGUGGGAGCUGAGGGGAGAGGGUCAGGAGGGAGUGGGGGAGGUGGAAGAGUGCUGGGGAAGGCAGGGUCGUUGGGGGGUGACGGGGAGAAAGUGCAUGGCGGGCGGCAUGGGAGGGAUGUGAAAGAGGAGAGCAAGGAGGGGAGAGUGGUUGGUGAGGGGGGCGGGGCUGGGGAUGGAGGACGGAGUAGGGACGGCGGAAAGGGGUUGAAGGAGCAGGGGAGGACAGAAGGGAGGGGGAGGGAAGGAGGAGGGGAGAAGGCUGGCGAACGGGGGCUAGCAGCUAAGGAGAAAGAGCGGGAGCGGGAGGCGGAAGGGGGUGCAGCCGCAGCCGCAGCUGCAGCAGCAGCGUUUUGGGGGGGAGUAACGGAGGGUGCAGUGGAGGAGGUGUGGUCGCAGGCAGAGGAAGAAGCCAAGGCCCUGGCAGUGGGGCAGGACAUAUGGGAGGGCGGGCUGCAAGUCACGUCCUCCCGCAUGUGCCCCAUCCGCGCCUUCCGAGUCAGUGGCGACAGCAGUGUGGACGUGGGGCGCUUUGAGGCGGUGGUGGAGGUGAAGGGGCGGGUCAAGAUGUCAGACUUCGCCACCUUCCUUUCCGCGCUGCGCACUGCUCGCUCUAGGACCGUCGUGGUGCGCCCUCUCUCUCCCCCCCUCUCUCCUCCUCUUUCCUUUCUCCUCCACUCUCACCCACUCCCCUCCACUCUCCUUCACUCUCUUUUACUCUCCUCCACUCCCCUCUACUCACUGCCGCUCUUCUUCCCCUCCACUCCUUCCCCCGUUCUCCUCUUGCAACCACACAUCUUCUCUCGUCUCUGCUCUUCUCGCAAUUCUCCUUGUCAAACCCCUACCUUAUCCAUACUCUCCUUUUCUAUCUCGUUCGAUUCUCCUCACCAUGCGAUUGCCCUUGUCCCCAUCGUGUGUGCAUGGCAUCAGGUCCUAGUGCUGCUGUGCCCGGAUGUUACAGACGAUGCUCUUCACGAGGCAGCAGAGCAGUACCUGGAGAGCAACAGGGGUGAUGAAGACGCUAUUCCUGUGGGUGCUACUGCCACUGGAACGGACGGACCGGCUGCAGGGCAAGCUGUGAAGGAGGAAACAGUGGGAGCAGGAGUGGUGAAGACAGAAGGAGUUGCAGCAGAUUUACCAGCCGGAGCUGUGACUCCUGUAGGGGAUGCUGUGGUGAAAGAAGAGGCAGGGCCAGUGGGAAUGGGUGUGGAGGGAGGAAAGGCGGGAGGAACAGGGGAUGGUUCUGCUGCUGCUGUUGCGACAGUCAAUGCUACAGACGCAGCAGGUGCAGGAGAAGCAGCGGGAAUGACUGGUGUGGAGACAGCAGGGGAAGAGGCUGGGGCACCAGGAAUGAGCAGCAGCGGGGGCAGUGGCGCCAGUGCUGGUGGUGGGUACGGAGGAGGAGGAGGGGUUGCACAUACGCCUCCUGCCCCACGCUCCCGCCCUCCCAUGUCACCUGCUGCUGGUCCGAAAUCGGGCCCUAUGGCUGCUGUGUCUCCCCGCCUGCCAACAUCGCCCACGCCUGCUUCUGCAGGGUGGGCAGGGCGAGAGAGGCGGGAGGAGAGGCGGCGUCGGGGGCGCGGGUGGGAUGAUGGUAGCGAUAGGCACCCGGGCGGGGCUGGUGCUGCUGGGAGGGGCGUUGGUGUUGCUGGUGGGAGGUUGGGAGGAGGAGGAGGGGGAGGAGGAGGUAUGGAUGAUGAUGAUGAUUUGCCUGAGUUUGAGUUUGAACAGCCGGCACUGCCACAGCAGCAGCAGCAGCAGCAGCCGCAGCAGCAGCCGCAGCAGAGUGAGCCGUCCCUCCCACCUGGCUUCUAUUCCGGUAGUCCUGCUACUGCGCCUGCACCAGCUCAUGCUCCCAACGCCGCUGCUCCUCUCUCUGCCGCUGCUGCUCCGGCCUCUUCUGCAGGAGCCUCUGCAUCCCUCCCUCAUCCUGCUCCUGCGCUUACUCCUCCUAUGGUUGCACCUGAUGCUGCUGCAGCGGCCGCAGCAGUGGUUGCAGGCGGGUUGCCCAGUAAUCUGGCAUCCGCGCUUGCUGCUGUAGCUCCCGCUCUCGCGUCCCUUGCAGCUCUGACUUCCCAGCAGCAGCAACUGCAGCAGCAGCAGCAACAACGCCCUGUAGCAACUCAAGACCGCACAAGCUCAGUUGCUGCACCUCCCUUCACCUCUCCUCAGCCGUUCAUCCCACAACCAGGUACAUCCACUCCCGCUAUCCCACCUGCCGCUGCUGCCGCUCCUGCCUCUCUUCCUGGUGGAAGCAGCACUGCUGGUUUUGGCCCUGCACAGAUCCACCCACAGCAGCAGCAGCAGCAGCAGCAGCAGCGUCCGCUCCCUUCUAUGCCCGUCCUGUCGCGUCCAUCCCCCCUGCUGUGCCUGCUGGUGCGCCUAUCCCUGCCCAGGGCGGUAUGGUCCCAGGAACUGGGAUGGGGAUGGGAACAGGCAUCGGUGCAGGGGGAGGUGGGCCUGUAG